GGAAUGAUGAAAAUUGUACAAUGUUUGGCUCUGAAAAUUUGAGCUCAGGUCAACACUCAGACUCAUGUACAGUAUGUGCCAGGGGCGGACUGACAACUCAUGGGGCCCCCGGGCAAUAGGGGAUCAUGGGGCCCCUGUGUCCUUGUCCAAACAAAAAAGCCUAUGAAAAAGGUACCAGGGGCAUCUCAUGGGGCCCCCUACUGACCCCAGGCCCUCGGGCAGUGUCCGAGUUUCCAAAUGGUCAGUCCGCCGUGGGGCGAAUUUACCACCAAGCAAACAAGGCGUUUGCCUUG